UUUUUUUAUUAUUUUUUAUUUCCUAAAAAAGAAUUUUCUUUAUCUCCUCCCAUAAUAUUAUAGAAAUUUCCAAAGUGAAAAUUAACCUUUUUUAAUCUCACCAAAAAAAGAUCCAUCAAUCGAAAUACUUUCUUUACUAAAAAGAUGAGUUUGUUUAUUUUGGACGACAUGAUCGUUGACGAAUCAGAAUCCCAUGAAAAUAAACGUGUAAAGAUUACUACGGCCUGUGAUACGUGUCGUAGAAGAAAGGUUAAAUGUGAUGGAGCUUCUCCAUGUGCAAAUUGUACACGCGGAGCUUACCAAUGCACGUUUAGUGAUGCGUCAACCAAAAGACCACGAGGUCCUCCGAAGGGGUUUGUUGCUCUGAUUGAAGAUAGAUUACAUACCAUAGAAUCCCUCUUGGUAAAUCUUGUUAAUAAGGAUAAUAUUAACGAAAAUAAUAAGGAGAUAAAAAAAGAGAGAGAUAAUGCUAUUGAAGAGUCAAGCCAAAGACAAAGGUUUUCAACCUUUAAAAUACGUCAAUAUUCCCCGAUGAAUGUUAUCGCACCUGCCACACAAUCAUCACCUCAUUUAUUUAUUCCUACGACACCACCAGCUGACGCAAAUUAUUCUUCCGAUCAAUCCCCAAGUUUAAUACCAGGAUUUAGUGAUGAUCUUGGUAGUGAUGAUGAGGAUAUACUCCUUAAUAAUUUGGUCUCACCAAAUUCUUCGAAUAGUUUGCAAAGUAGUACUUUAUCAUUUCUUUUACCAAAUAAUCAACAACAAGGUGGUUCUUACGUUGAUCCUCCUAUAUCAUCCUCAAUUCCAACAUUAUCAAAUCCUCCUCCCGAAAUUUCAAGACAAUUGUUGGAAAAAUAUUUUAAUCAUUUUCAUCCUUAUUUCCCUAUAAUUAAUCGUGGACAAUUAUUUAAAAUGAUGUCUAGCCCUAAUGUGUCAGAUCAACCUUCUCCAUUAUUGCUUAAUGCUAUUUAUGCUAUUGGUGCGAUGUAUCCUCCAAUUCCUCAAGAUUCUAAUAAUUCUUUAGUGUUUUAUGAUCGUGCCAGAAGUUUACUGGAUCAUUUUAUUGAUGUACCAAGAUUAUCAACUGUUCAAGCAUUGAUUUUAUUAUGUAUGGUUGAUCAAGGUAAACCAUCUUCUUACAGACCACAAACCUAUUCAUCAAUGGCCAUCAGGAUGGCACAAAGUAUGGGAUUAAAUCGUAGGAACGGUCCUGUUUAUCGAGGAAAAGGUCGUCAAACAAAGAAAUUAAUUUGGUGGGGAUGUUUUAUUACUGAUAGGCUCAAUAGUCUUGCUAAUGGAGAUCCAUUAACAAUAAAUGACAAGAUGUGUGAUAUCGAAUUUCCUUCACUGGAUGAAGUAGAUGAUCAAGAUGAUGAUAAUCAAUCACAACAAAAUUCUCAACAACAAAAUUCUCCUUCUCCAAAUUAUAGUUCAACGUACGCACAACAAAUUAAUAUUUUCAUUAAUUUUAUAAAAUUAGCAAGAAUUAUCGGUCAAAUUAUUGAACAUUUACAAUCUACUUCAUGUAUUGGUAUGCCAGCAUCUUGGAAUCAUCAUUCCAUGGUUAAUAAUUUUGAAAAUUCAUUGUCUAAUUGGCUUAGAGAAUUACCACCAUUUUUACAGUAUACUCCUUCACCACAACAUAUGCCACUUCCUGGACAAAUUGCUUCUUUGCAUAUGCAUCAUCAAACUUUAUAUUUGAUGCUUCAUUAUCCUUAUAUUGCAUCACAAAAUAAUUCUCGUUCACCCAAUAUUCGUACAUCAAAAACUUAUUUCAAAUCACUUAAUUAUUGUAGUAGUGCUGCUAAUGUAAUAACUCAUAUUGGUGUUGAAGCUCUUAACAAUGUUCAUGUAUGCAUAACAUUCCCGAUAAUGUUUUAUAGUUUGGGAAAAGCUGUCAAAGUUCAUGUUAUUAAUCUUACCUCACCACAACGUGGUUUGGCAAUAAACGCAUUCAAAAAUAUUAUAAAGACUAUAAAAAUUUGUCGAUUUUAUGAACAAAAUAAUAUUAUGGCAGAAUUAGCGAAUCAAAUGAUCACAGCUUUAGAAAAUGUUUUAAUGUCAAAUCAAGAUAGAUUUUCUAAUGAAGAGACUAUUGAAAUUCCGUCAGCAACUGCAACAUCACAUAUUAAAAUAUCACCAACAAUGUCGAAUCAAAUAUAUUCAGAAUCCAUUUCAUCAUCAUCUUCAAAACAAAUGCAAUCGAUGGACCCAAAAAGAGAAUCUAGUUCUUCUUCAGCUAAUAUUCAUCCACAUCCGUCAAGUUUCGCUUAUAUUCAAAAUCAAAGUGGAAUGCAACAAUAUAUGCCAGUGAAUCCAAUUUUUGAUCAAUUCGCAAUGCAAAUGCAAUCACCCACGAUCAUGAUGGGAAAUGAAAUUUCACCCAAUGAACCACAGUUUUGGGAUAUCGGAGUGGAUAACUUGGUCGGAGGAGUCGGUGGAGUUGGUGGAUUUAAUAAUCCUUAUAAUAAUAUGAACAAUAUAACACCAAACAUUCCUCUUCCUACAACAGCCUCAUCUACAUCUACCCCAGCUUUAUCAUCUACGACAGUAGUUACAUCCGCCGCUGAUUAUUAUUCUCAACAUCAACACCAACACCAACCACCACCACCACAGCGACAAUCUACUCUUCCAGUUUCUUCACCAAUGUCAAUGUUUCCUCCAACCACGUCAACAAAGACUCAUUCAAGAUCAAAUCAAAUGUCCCUUGAUUCCAUUGAACAAGAUAGUGAUACGGGUCCAAAUAUGAUGAGUGAUACUCUAAGGAAUAAUGGAUUACAAAAUAUUCAUCCUUCACAAAGAUCCCUCGACGAAUGAGGAAGAAAGAAAAUGAAAACGAAAACGGUCAGAUCAUCGCUACUGGUAGCGACAAUCAACAAUAUUUGUCCAAUAAAGAUGCCUUAAUUGUCUUAUCUCGACGUUCAAGUGGCCAUUGUGGUGUCAUACCAAAGUUCGGUGGUGGUAAUGAAAACAGUACUCCUUCUUCUAUUGGGUUUGGAUUUGAAGAAAAUCACUUUAAUCAUAUUGAUGGUAAUGUUAUAAAUAAUGAAAUGAAGGAAGUUAAUGUUGGACUUGACAUGCAACAUUACUGAAAGUUUUUUUUGAUAAGACUUUUCGGUAUUAACAAACCAUCCAAUUAUUAGAUGUUUUUAAUUAUCAUCAAUUAUUUUUUUUUUAUUAUUAUUAUUUUGACAAUACACAUAUAUAUA